GAAUUUAUCCUUAAGUAAACAUAGACGUAAACACAUCACCAGAUGGAGCACUAUGCUGUAAGAAAGCUUCAGAGGAUUUAAUAGUUGAGCCAAAUUUAGUUUACUAUCAGAGUGUAUGGAUGGAGGAUUAAAAUAUGGAGCAGUCUGUUGUGUCACUAGAUUCUCUAAGCCUGGCUGAGAGAGACAGCACUUAUGAGGCUGGAUCUGGGGAUGAGUGGGAUACAGACACUGAAGCUGAUGAACGAAAGAGUACUACAAAAGACAUGUCCACAGCUGAGGUGUACCUCCAGGCGUGCAAACUGUUGGGUGUUGUUCCGGUCAGCUACUUUCUGAGAAACCUCGGCUGUGCCACCAUCAACCUCAACCACCACGGACUCGGCCCUUUAGGUGGAAAAGCUCUGGCCAUCGCUCUUGUGACUGACACGUACACAACAACGCUAGAACUGGCUGACAAUUUUCUGUUGGCUGAGGGAGCUAGAUAUCUUGUGCAGAUGCUGAAGGCCAAUUUCACUAUUCAAAAUCUGGAUCUGUCUGACAAUCAUCUUAAAUCUGCUGGAGCUGAGCAUAUCACAAGGAUGCUGUUGGAUAACGUGUCCAUCAAAUCACUCAGACUUUCUGGAAAUGAAUUCUCUGAGGAUGAUGCCAAAUGGUUUGCAGAAGCCUUUACAACCAACUACAGAGUAAAAGAGUUAGACCUGAGUCACAAUAAAUUCUGUGGAAGAGCAGGGGAAUACCUUGGCCAAAUGCUAGCUAAUAAUGAGGGUGUAGAAUUCCUUAAUCUGAGUUGGAAUCAUCUCCGCAUGAAGGGUGCUGUGGCUUUCUGUGCUGGACUUAAAGUCAACGUGACUCUGAAACACUUAGACCUCUCCUGGAACGGCUUUGGCAAUGAAGGAGCGCUGGCUUUGGGUGAAGCUCUGAAAUUCAACAACACUUUAGUUUAUCUGGACCUCAGUAACAACCGAAUCAGUGAUGAAGGAGUAGGAAUGCUUUGCAGGGGCCUCGAGACCAACGACACACUCAGAACACUGAAGCUGGCUUACAAUUCACUGACAGUAGAAGGUGCCUUGGCUUUGAUUAGUGUCAUAAAGAACUCUCUGAAAACAGCCCUCGAGGAGAUCAACAUAUGUAACGUGCUGGUGAAUGAACUCUUUAUACAGCUGCUGGAGUUGACAUGUCAAGACCAUCCUGCUUUAGAGGUGCAUUACGGUGGUGCUGGUGGAUUUAUUGCCAAAAAGCCUCCAAAGAGGCCUGACCCUAUGAAGGUUAUUCAGGAUUAUCUUGAUCGGCGUAAGCUUCGGCUGUGGGAUUUCUUCCGCAACAUCGAUAAAGAUGGGACGAUGCAUGUUCCUGUCUCCGAAUUCAGGAAGGCAGUGCAGCAAUCUAACAUCCCACUGGAUCGUGUUCAGCUUGAACAGCUCAUCCAAAAGCUGGACCGGGAAGGAACAGGCAUGGUAGACUAUAGAGGCUUGGCUGACACAAGAAAGCAGAUGAUGCGGGACCAUCGGCGAAAGCUGCGCAAAGUAGAGUCCCGUCAGAAGAAGGAGAAGCAGAAGAGCGAGCGCAUCCUCAAGACCUUCCAGUCAGCUGUUGAGGCUGUUACCCCACGUACCUCCAUCGUCAUGUCACCAGGAGGAAUUAAAGAGGACUCCGGUGGCCCUCAGCGCUUCUCAGCCACGCCCCUCAGUUCCUGGCAUCACAUCGUCAUAUCCAACAGCAGCCGUUACUCCGUCACUAACAUGAGCAGCGAGCAUGGCCAGCUUCCUAUGAUAGGGAAUGCUGCAUCUUACAGGUCCCUGAGUACCCCAGCCAUACGCUCUUACUCCCAGCCUAACCUCAUAGACAAUCGUACCUCUCUGCCUUCGCUAACCAAACCUGCAUCAGCCCAGGGCAUGAACACUAUUUCCAAAUCAACAGAAGCAACUAGCAAACUUAGCCCCACUGACAACAACCUGACAAGAUCAAGACCGGCAAUAAACACUGAGCAACCCACUGUAAGAGUGAAAGUUUCCAAUGGGAAGAAAAAGAAAAGUAAAAAAAAAAGUUGAGAAGACAUUCAAAGUACAGAAUGUAAUAUGAAUACUAGUGUGUGUUUCAUAAUCCAGAUAUGUAAUAACGACUGACACAAAAUGUGCAAUGUAUACACUGAUCAGGCAUAACAUUAUGAGCAGUGAAAGGUGAAGAGAAUAACACUGAUUAUCUCCUCAUCAUGGCACCUGUUAGUGGGUGGGAUAUAUUAGGCAGCAAGUGAACAUUUUGUCCUCAUAGUUGAUGUUAGAAGCAGGAAAAAUGGGCAAGUGUAAGGAUUUGAGUGAGUUUGACAAGGGCCAAAUUGUGAUGGCUAGACCACUGGAUCAGAGCAUCUCCAAAACUGCAGCUCUUGUGGGGUGUUCCCAGUCUGCAGUGGUCAGUAUCUAUCAAAAGUGGUCUAAGGAAGGAACAGUCGUGAACCAGUGACAGGGUCAUGGGUGGCCGAGGCCCACUGAUGCCUAUGUGAUCCGAUCCAAAAGAUAAGCUAAUAUUUCCUUAAAUUGCUGAAGAAGUUAAUGCUGGUUCUGAUAGAAAGGUGUCAGAAAAUACAGUGUAUGGCGGGUCAGAGCUGUUUUGGCAGCAAAUGGGGGACCAACACAAUAUUAGGCAGGUGGUCAUAAUAUUAUGCCUGGUCAGUGUAUGGAUAAAACUGUGACAAUUUCCAUAAUGCUAUCCAGGUAUAAAUUCUGACAUGAAAUAAACUUCACUUAGCAUGCUUCUGUAUAUAAUACUUUGUUUUAUUAUUCCUCUUAUUGUUUACAUCCGAUUAUUUGCAAAAUGGUCAGUUACAGACUGGUAAAAUGGACACACUUUUCAGUCCUAAGCGCUGUGUUCUAUGUAGCUCUGUUUUGUUUCAUGUAGCACCAGGGUC